UUAAUAGAUGAAGUCAUUAUUUCCAGUUCCACGAAUAAUUUGUCUUACCAUUUCUGAAAAUAAUAAUAGUUAAGUUGGUUAAUCAUUCGUGGACUUUUUUUGUAUAUCUAACAUCCCUUCCUUUUCCUAGAUUUGUGAAUUUUCAAAUCGACGAGAAAUAAAUAGGAACUUUCAAUAAAUGAUGAAACUUUUGUUUAUGUGAAGAAGUGUUAAUUACUUUUUUAGUUUACCUUAUAAGCUAGUAUGAUUUUCCGGUGCAGUUUACUAAUAUGUUUCCUAAGUUUUGCCACAACCUCAGAAGAUUUUUAUAGAGAUGGUUGGUAUAGCCGAGGUGGUUCAGAAUUAGAUAGUAUUUAUUCAUUGUGGCCGUCAGUGCAUAAUGCGGCGAGGUUAAUAAAGCUUCGAAAAAGAGAGACGCAGGAGCAAAUAGGUGCAAACGAAGGUGGAGGAAACGAUAUUAAGUUUCCAAAUCCAGAGACUAAACCAAUACAGUCAUUGGACACUGAAAACAAACAAACCAGUGUUAGUCAUGAUAUCCCAAAUAACACUGCAAAUCAAGAUACUCCGAAAGUUAAUGCCACACCUAAUGAAUCACAAAAAAAUGAUACUAAACCACCACCAAUGGUACCAAAGGUAAUAAAUACCACUGAAUUGAAACAUAAUGAAACAGCUCCAAAUCAACUGGAUAUUAACAAUCCAGGAGUUUUAAAGAGGGGUCUUAUUGUCUUCGGAGGAUUUGCAUUUUUGGCUGGAGCAUAUUUCAUAUGGCACAGAAGGAGCGGCAAGAAAAAUGAUGUCAACAACUCACAUGGUACCAGUGAAACGAAUCAAUUUAGAUAUGGUGUUCUUCAAUCCGAUGACAGAAGAGAUAAUAUGGAACUUUCCAGAAUACCAUUAACAAUGGAAUCAGAUGAUGAUGAUGAUGAAGACUUGGAGAUUUUCGACUUGAAGCAGAAACAGAAAUCAUUGUCCUACGUAAAUCUGCAAACACAGGAAGACGACAUAGUCGCAAACACUAUUGAUUUUGAUAAAGAUAAUAAUCUUUUGUUAGACAUUGAAGACAAUGCAUCUGACACACUUAUAAACUGGUCGAAUAAUGCCAAUAAAUCUGUUAAAUAGUUUUAUAAUACAUUUAAAUAUGAAGAGUUCCGACAACUUCAAAAUGGUCACAUUAACAUAAUGAAGAAAUAUAGUUACACAACUCUUAAUAUAACAAUUAUUUACAAAGUUAAAUAAUUAAAAUGAACAAUAAAACAAUUUAAAUUGUUAAGAUUAUAUGUAUAUUAUAGACCUAUCCCAAAACGCAUCAAUUUCUAAAAAGAAAAGUAUUGGAAAGGGACAAGGAUUUGGCAGGACAGAGGAUAAACAAAUGAAAACAACAGUUAUCUUCUCUGAAAUAAACAAAACCAAGCGCAAAACCCCAGAAUAGAGCAAGAGGAUGAGGGUAGGGGACGCAUAUUUAAGAAUUAACCUUAUUUAUAUCCUUCUUUUCUGUUUAUUAAAAACACCAGCAAAUUACUUUGUUGCAGGUCUUGGGUGGUGCUCACUUGGCUAUUUUAGUCAACCAAGUGACCACUUGUUUGACAACUUCCAGUAUUAAAAAAAAUAUUAUUAUUUUAUCAUUAUCAUCAGCUCACUAUACGUCCCCACCGAGGGGCUCGGAGCCUAC